GGGCUGUGAUGUCCAGUCCCGCCCUUCACCUCUCGCGCUCAUCAAGCUUUGAUAAGAUCCCACCGCUCACGCGCCACAAGUGACGAGCAGUAAUCAACAACAGCAGCUGUGAGUGAGAUUCCUUAAUUAUUAACAGAAGAAAUCCUUCAGGAUGUGAUUUCACCUGAACAAAAGAGGCUUGCAGAAUGCCGUUCUGCAGAAUGCAUGUGAUUUCACAGCACCCAGGACAACGGUAAACCUUGGAUGCAAAUGGGGGAACCAUCCGGAGACUGUACAUCCAACAACUUAGACCAUAACUAUUCCCGGAAAAGCUUACUGCCUCACUCUGCAAAUCUAACAUAUCCAGAACAAACCACCACUGGAAAUUACUUUCAGCAAUAUUCUUGCAGAAUUCUACAAGCAACCAGUUACAAAAUUGUGACUGGUAGCACUCCAUUUUCUAAUGAUCUGAAGCCAGCACAGGAGAAUCACUUGAAUUCAAAAUGUACAAUGCCAACAGGAGAGCAAAAAAACAAUAUUGUUCUCUGGACUCCGCCCGGUUCUAGAGUCCAGGUAUUUGUACCUGUAAACAACAUGCAGGAAACCAAUAUUGUGCAAAACAUCUCGAACUGUGUCGCGAGACCAGGCACGGAAGUGUUUAACUCUAAUCACAGUGUAUGUAUGCAACAACAAUCUUCCUCUGUGCCAGCUGACGCAAGUAGUUUGCAACAGUUCCAAACAAAAACAAUUGAGAAUAAGAAUAAGAAUAAGAAGGACAUGCAGAGAGAUUUGACACAUGCAAAUGCUACUAAUGAUUUGCCACAGCAAGACCCAUCCACAAAAAGGAUGACCUUACCAUCCAAGUAUAGAUACAACCCCAUAACUACAAAUGCACCUAAUGGACAGAAUAGUCCCCUCGAUGGACCUGUUUACCAUGGAGUAAGAGCUGAAUACUCGUCUGACCAUGCUCACCUACAAACACCUUCUACAUGUAAACUAAAUGUCCAGCAGAACAACACCACGAAGAAAGCUGUUGCCGUUGUCACACCAUUAUCUCCAGUAGAAAUGGCAUCUGUUAACUUUUCAAACAAAUCUGCUCAUGAGCUUGAUGCAAGAUCUGUGCCGAUACACCAUCUACCUAAUUUUACACAUCCACUGAAGAUCAACGCUGAUCCGCAGACGAUGAGAGAACCAAAUGAACCAGCAUGCAAGCACCAACGACCAAAAUCAGCAGAGCCCAAGCUGGGUAGUGAUGUGGUCAAAAGUCCAGUUUGCCUUCUCGAAUCAACCAGCCCAUGUAACCACAGAAGCUCGCUGAAGCUUAAUUGUCCAGUAACAGACCGAAAUAAGCCUUCUGAAAUCCAAAAAGAAACAAGUGAGAAGAUACCCAAGGAUAAGCAAGCAGUGACUGAUAAGAAAACGAACACGGGAGAAACGGACAAGUACUCCACAAUCCCUGUAAUUGAAUGGCCGUUGGACAAAUUGCAUACGUUAAUGAAUAUUAUUCAGCAAAUAGAAGAUGUGCAUCAGAAAAACGUCAAUAAAAUGGAUUCCGGAAAGGAGAUCCUGAGGCUCUUCUGGAAUGGGGACGUUUGCAUGUUUCGCAAUGCUGUAAAAAGUAGAAUAUAUCAAAACGUGAUGGAAGAUGUCUACAAUUACUGUCAGGGGAAAGAUGAUGUGAUACUUGCACAAAUUAAAAACGACACACGCAACCAAGUUGCCAAGAAUUUUCAUGUUUUGAAACACGACGAAAUGCCACCAAAGAUUGAGUACAAGUCGUCCUGGUUGAAUCUUGAUGAGAACCUUGAUGACAUUGACAGGGAAUGUGGUAUUUCUUGGUACUUCCGACAUCUUCACCCAUUCUCCCAAGAAAAAGGAAACGCUGUAGGUAAAUUGCAACACGGAUUGCUAGAUGCCCCUGAUAAGCAUCAAUGCUCAACUGAAACUAACUGUCAGAACCUAUUUCCAGAAGAUGUACAAACAUUCCCUAAGUCAAAGGACGAAACCAUGGACAAUGAGGGUCUUUAUAAACACUUUUUAUCCAAUAAACAAUUCCUACCUAGUCAAAACACUGCUGGACAAACAUAUAUUCCAAGUGACUCUUUAAUCUCUAUUGAGAAUGUUUCAACGGCUGAAACCUCAUCGGUUAUAUCAGCAGGAGGGCAUUGUUUAGAAGAGGACCUGCAGAAAGUCAAUACACCACAAGAGAUGACGCUAUCCAAUUCAAACCCACCCAAAGAACUUGAAAAAAUACCACGGGAUGAGCAGAUAAGCAUGGAGAGGUUUGAAGAGAAGACCAACAAUUCUGCACACACAAUUCAAAACCCCUUACCAGAUGCCUCUCAUAAAUCGCCAAUAACUGGGCAUGAUCAGUUUGCGAUGGAAAUUGUGAGCAAAACACUGGCAGAAGUACAAACAUCCAGUGUUCACGAAAACUCGCCUGAUUCCAUUAUUAAAAGGUCACAUGCUGACACUAAUAGACACGUGCCAACGCUUGAUGAAGUGGUUACAGAAGAGACCAGUUGUCAACCAAAUGCUAUAAAUCCUCUGAUGGCCAUAACAAAUUUAGUGACGAGGUUAGACAAUCAAGCUGUUGCCAAAAGUCGCUCAAGCGCUGUAACAUCAGGAAGGGGUCGGCUAUAUGGGGGACGUGCUGUCCAAAGUAAUGAAUGGACUAGGAAGAGUAACUGUGCAGGUUCACCUAAUGUGAAAGCAAAUGAAUCUCAGGUAAAACAUUCAGCACAUGCAACACUAACCGCAUUUAGAGAAGGAACAGAACAUCGGGAUGCAAAAGCUGUUAACAAAGUACGGGUAGAAAAACAGAUGCAAUUGCAGUUUGAGAAUAAAAACUCUGACUAUCAAGGUGGUGGCUUAUUAACAGAAACAGGAGAUGGAGAAGAUAAACGCUUAUUGAAGCCUGAAAGCAUGGUUACAGGACAAACCAAUUGUCCACCAAAUAAUGUAAAUUCACUAGAAGGUUUAGCAAACGUGUUUAGGACACUGGAAAAAAGUGAAAUUUCUUUGAGGAUUUAUGAAAACCAAAUAGGAAAACAAGAAGUUUUGAAAAGAAGUGGAUCUGGAGGCACAAGACCCAUUUUGACUGAUUUGCUCAUGAAUAGAGGUUUACCGAAGCUCAGUCCUACGGUUACAGAACAGCGGGCUCAAAUACAAAAUGGAUCUGAUGAAAAACCGACUAACAGUGAUUGUGUGGAUAAGAUGAUUGAUGAGCCAUCAAUAACCGAGCGGGAUGAUUUUCCAAUGGAAAUUGGAAACGAAGUACCAGCAGAACCAAAAAUCCCGCCAGAAAAUUUAGAGCUUUGUAAGAACUUGCCUGGGUUUGUGCGUGAACAAUCAUUAACAGAGACUAACAGUAACCACUCAAUGAAACCCAAGCGUGUGGAUACAGAACAAAGCAGCCAUCAACCACAUAUUGUAAAUCCACUGGCGGCCAUGACAGAAAUAAUAUGCUCAAUAGAUAAACGUGUUGCUUUAGGAAAAUCAGGUAUGUCAAAAACUAAGCAUCAACACUCUGCGAAAAUGUCUAGAUGGGAUGUGCGGUCAGGGUUUACUAAACCCGAUAUCCAAAGUGGCUGCACAAACUCAAAACCUAAUCCUGUGGUUGAAGAACAACAGAAGGCUGUGCAGUCACCGCGAAUGCAAAAUGAAUGUAAUGAAAAAACUGAUAACAUUAAUGUUCGCCCUCAUAAAGUGGCUAAACUGUGCUUUUCCAGUGAGAUGACGGAAGGGGAGGAUUUGCAAAUAGACACGGCCGGAGAAUCAGAAAUUAUGCAUUCGUCAUCACAGGUGAAUUAUGAGCAAUGUGAUAACACUGACACGCAAUGUGAUUCUUUGUCAUCCUCCAGGUCGUUUCAUGCCAUACCUGAACGGUUACAGGAAGAAGACUUCAUGGGAAGUUUUGAAGACGAACCAAAGAAUUCCACAAAUGCGGGACAAAACGCAUCUCUAAAAUUGUAUAAGCCAACAGAAGAUCUUUUGGAGGGAAUGCAUCGCUCUGCUGGGUCAGAAACAUCAGGGCUGGUUGGUGGUGUUUGUGAUGGUACUGAUGAUGAAUCAACCAUUGAAAAUAACUUUACAAGCCCACCAAAACUUGAUCCUGUGGAAUUUGUCCCAUCACCUCAAAUGCAAGAUGAAUCCAGUGAAAUGAUUCCUAAUGAUACCUGUGCGCUUGCAGAAGAACAUGUGACAGAAGUUGCUCUGCAUGGUAAUAAAGAAGAACUUGAGCUGGAUGCUUUUGCUUCGAUUAAGAUCAAUGUUCUCCCGCAUGGAAUUGCAGAAUUAUGGUUUGCUGGCAAGAUGACGGAAGAUAAGGAGUUGCAAAAAAACAUUGAUGUACAAACUUCCAGUAAGGACCAGGUAGAUGUUGAAGUCCUAGAACACAGUGAUUACCAGGUAGAUGUUAACAUUUUGGAUUACGGUGAGGACCAGGUAGAGAUUGAAAUCCCAGACCACAGUGAUGACCAGGUAGAUGUUAACAUUUUGGAUAACAGUGAUGACCAGGUAGAGAUUGAAAUCCUGGACCACAGUGAUGACCAAAUAAAAGUUAUAUUUCCUGAAAAGCAUGCAGAAGACAUAAAGCCCAUUGAGUGGAACAAUCUAGGUGAGGUUGAUGAAAAGCUGGAGUCUUAUUGUUGUAUUGCUAAAUGGUUUCAAGCUUUAAAUUAUGGAGAUGGUUCAUUUUGCAUGUGUCAGGUGAAAACAGAGUUGAGUGAACAAAAGCUUGAAAUUAGAGCCAGUGACACAAGUGUGAAAAUGGACACAUAUGAAGAAGAUCGUUUUGGUGUCAUCUCUAAAGAACAUGGAUGCAUUGAUUUAAAAGUUGAUCUUUUCACCACUGAUGAAAAGUCAUCUGAAAGCACAAAAGCAUUAUUAACACUGGAUGCUGGCACACCAAAUUAUGCUGCUGUGGACAACAUUAGGACUGUGAAGGCCUGUCCGGUUUCUGAAGUGAUAUCAGAAACAUCAGAGCAGAUAAAUGAUGACUCUCCUUCCAAAUGUGCGACGGAUAAGAUCCCGAUGCUUUCUGAGAAAACAAAGCCAUCUCCUGAUGUUAAGAAAAGUUCUGAAACUGUAUGUCUUUCACUGUACGGGUCUUCUAAUAGACGAGAUCGACUAAUACGAAACAAAAUAUAUAAAAACGGUGGACAAAAACCACCAGAAGACCUUGAAAGAACAAUCGGCUCCCAUCAGAAGAAUGACAGAAGAAUGUCAAAUAAGCGCAAAUGGGACGAAUUGAUAGAAACCGAAGAUGUUUCGAAUGUAAGAAAGAAAAAUGUGAGAGUGUCUCCUCAAAGUUCUCCUCAGGGACACAAAGCAGCCCCAGUGAAAGUUUCUGAAGUUACCAAUGAAAAUGCACUUUCCUCAUCUGCGUUAACUAGAAAACGGUUUAAUCCACCUCAUAAUUCAAAGAGUUUAUCAAAGAAAAAGAAAAGUUUAGGAACAAGACAAAUAUCCAUGAAUAACUAUGUUACCAGAAGGAAGACCAUGUCUCCAAAAUCUUUGCAUUCACCUGAGCCUGUACUGAAAAGUAAAUAUGAAUUGAGGAACCCUGCUUUGAUGCCAUUACAAGAGGAUUUUGGAUUGGAGUUUAAAGUGUUGCCGUCAACUUUCAACUUUAAGGAUGGAACUGAACCCGCCAACAUUCAAGCAGACGCGUUAUCAAGAGCAAAAAAUGGGAUUCCAUACACCGAAGAUAAAAAAGUUAAAGGGAGGAAAACCAUCCAUGCUCCAGUACAAGGGAAGUGGUCUUUAAGCCCUUUGAAAAGCAAGCAGAUCCAGUCUGCAGACGUCUCUAGCUCAUGUAGCCUCUUUCGAGAGUUCAAGAAGAGGUAUCAAGACAAAAAGAAGGAACUUGUAUCCAGGCAGAACUUGAAUUCCAAUUAAAUUCCAUUACAAAACUUAAAUUUCUAUUAAAGUUUAAACAAUUCUAAAAUGUA